CUUUAAACUGUGUGUACAUAAAGCAUAGUGGCCGCAUACUGAGCCUGCAGACAGACAACACUGCAGGGACCCACUGGGCGCUCGAGAGCUUGGCUUACUCUGCGUUACGCAACAAGGCGAGCCCAUUCUACUUUUUGGAUCCGGCUCAGACAUGGGGAUGAACGGUUCUAAGUCUCGGGGGCAAGUGCACGUUCUGAUGCUGGGCCUGGACCAAUCCGGGAAGAGCACCUUGCUCUACAAACUCAAGUACAAUAAGAGCGUGGUGACGGUGCCCACCGUGGGCUUCAACGUGGAGACACUGGAGACAGACAGGAGAAGCCCGAGUCUUACCGUUUGGGACGUAGGUGGGCAGAGGAAGAUGAGGCCUCACUGGGAGCAUCACUAUGCUGACGCGGCUGGGCUGAUGUUUGUGGUGGACAGCGCGGACCAAGGGAGACUGGAUGAGGCCCGCAAGGAACUGCAUCGGAUGCUGAAGUUCGAGAGCCUAAGAGGAGUUCCUCUGGUCAUUCUGUCCAACAAACAGGAUUUGCGCGGGGCUCUGAGCUCCGAAGCGGUCUGCCAGAGGUUGGACCUCAGGCAAGCAUGUGAGGGGGGCAGGCCAUGGUUCAUCCAGCCCUGCUCGGGCAUCACCGGGAUGGGGCUGGAGGAAGGCUUCAGGAAAAUGGUGUACCUGAUAAAAACCCCGUUGAGACAGACACAACACGACAUCCAGGUCAAGAUGAAGUUGAAAGGCUUCAGGAUUACGGCCUUGUUAUGUGGCUAAUGGAUAACUUUAUCUCAUGAUUAAUCCAAUCGCAUGUUGAGUUCAAAAGCAUUCCUGACUUUGUGCGUUGUACUGUGCAAUCAAGUUAUGUUUAUGCUUUGCAGUACUGUAUAUCUAUUUGGAAUGACUCUCACAAAACGUCAGUGCUUGUACAUAAAAUGCUUAUUGAUUAUUUGAACAGGCUGGCAGUCAGUUAAGUGUGUCCUCCGUCUACUGCCCGAAGACAGCUGGAAUAGGCUAGAGCACGCCCGCAACCCCUGUGAGGAUAAACGGAUUGGAAAAUUGACAGAUGGGUUGAUUAUUUGAACACUAACUUGGUUGCUUUGUUGUAACACUGUAACACUAAAAUUGCU